CUGGUGACAAUUUUCUCUACUUUAUUGGUUUCCCUUGUNGGGAACCUGCUCAUCAUCCUGGCCAUCAGCUCUGACUCCCACCUCCACACCCCCAUGUACUUCUUCCUCUCCAAUCUCUCCUUCACUGACAUCUGUUUCAGCACCACCACAGUCCCCAAGAUGCUGGUGAACAUCCAAGCACGAGAUCAAAGCAUAUCUUACACAGGCUGCCUCUCCCAGGUCUGCUUUGUCCUGAUUUUUACUAUCUUGGAAAAUUUUCUCCUUGCAGUGAUGGCCUUUGACCGCUAUGUGGCCAUUUGUCACCCACUGAGGUACAUAGCCAUCAUGAACCCCCACCUCUAUAUCUUCCUUCUUCAAUUCUCUCUGCUCAUCAGCAUUGUGGAUGCUCUCCUCCACACUCUGAUGGUGUUGCGCCUGUCCUUCUGCACAGACCUGGAGAUCCCCCAUUUCUUCUGUGAACUAGCUGAGGUCCUCCAGCUGGCCUGUUCUGACACCCUUAUUAACAACAUCCUGGUGUUUGUUGCAGCCUGUGUGUUUGCUGGUGUUCCUCUCUUGGGGAUCAUUUUUUCAUACAUUCACAUUGUAUCCUCUGUCUUGAGGAUGCCCUCAUCAGGAGGAAAGCACAAAGCCUUUUCCACCUGUGGGUCUCACCUGUCUGUUGUCUCCUUGUUCUAUGGGACAGGUUUUGGGGUGUACAUUAGCUAUGCAGUGACUGUCUCCCCCAGGAAGACUGCGGUGGCUUCAGUGAUGUACUCUGUGGUCCCUCAGAUGCUGAACCCCUUUAUUUACAGCCUGAGGAACAGAGACAUGAAGGAAGCCUUGGGGAAGCUCAUUGGUAGGAUAGCAUUUCCUCUAAGAUGA